AUGGAAAUCACAGAACCGGUGCAGCUUGUGCCGACGAACGAGCCCGAAGUCGAGAGGGAGGCCAUUGGAAUCCCAGAACCGGUACGGCUUGUGCCAACGAACGAGCCCGAAGUUGAUAGGAAGGAGGCCUGCAGUACGGCUCGUGCCAACGAACGAGCCCGAAGUCAAGAGGAAGGAGGCUGUGGAAAUCAAGGAUCCUGUGCAGCCGAUGCCGGUGGACAAUGCCAACCCUCAUGA